CAGCCCACAGUAUAAUAGGACAACUUGACGCAUGUGUCGGAGCACACAGAAGGACGGAAUAUACGCAGGCACUGUAGCUCAGUCGAUUAACGGGGUGUUUUAUUGAUCUGGCUUUUAGAAAAAAAAGGAUCUAGAUGGAGAAGGAGAGAGGAAGAAAUUCAAACUGAUAUCUUUGCUGUAGCUGUGUUUAUUUAUCCGCCCUGCAACCUCCACAAUAAAACGCAGCCUUUGCGGAAUAGUCACUUUGAAGACGACAAGUGUGGAUGCUUAACCACAUUUGCCCUUGGAUGGCUGCGGAUUAGUUAAUGGCAUCCACAUUGUCUGAUUGUUUUUGAAUAGCCUCUACAGCUACUGUAUCUAGCCUACAUUGUUCCUUUUCUCCACCCGGACCUGCUGUAUAGUGAUGUCAGAGGUUGAUCUCUCUGCAGACUGUGACCUCAGCCGACCACCGGAGCGGGCAGAGGACAUGUUGAAAGAGAACCAAGAGAACAGGACUUUAAUGAUGGUGGCAAUGAUUUUAUUGGACUUAAACAAAUGCAAUCCAAACGCUGUCAGCCCUGGAGACAGCAUAUGUCUCGGAGGCAGCGACGCGGGUGCGCUGGAGAAGGUGGAGCGGGGAAGCUGCCGGUCUAGCGCUGUACCCAAACAGUCCCGGAGCAAGAAGGCGGUGGCGAGACAGGAGUUUUGUGAGAAGAGACACUGCUGUCCUUUUACUGGCUGUGGGAAGAUGUACGGCAAGUCGUCCCACCUCAAAGCCCACUUAAGGGUCCAUACCGGUGAGCGCCCCUUCGAGUGUACCUGGUCAGCAUGUGGCAAGAAGUUCUCCAGAUCAGACGAGCUGACGCGUCACUACCGCACACACACCGGCGAGAAGCGCUUCAACUGUCCGAUGUGUGACAAGUGCUUCAUCAGGAGCGACCAUCUGACUAAACAUGCCCGGCGACACGCAGGCUUCCAUCCCAGCAUGCUUCAGGGCUCCAGUGUGGCCAAAAGAUGCCGCUACUCUGUGUCCCUGUCCUCAUGUGACUCUGGAAACCAAAGCCCUGUCGGGGUGUGAGACACACCGACUCACACCACUAAACAUACAGGAUAUACAGGAUAUACAUAAACAUAGACACACCAUACAUGUGGUGUCUGUACCUUUAUCAACUCAACCAGCCAGAGCACUAUUUAAUCAGGUUUUCUGUACAUGUAACAAUGUGCAUCAGCAAACAGAAACACACUUGAACCUGAAUGUAAUCAACCUAGAACUAGAGCUCUCUUAUUCCCUAAUGUGAUUGGAAUUUAUUCAGGGUUUACGUCAUCUGACACACAGGUUCUAGUUGCUUACCAAUUUGUGAUUAUUUAACUUUGUGUUGUGUGCUUUUUUUUUCCACUGGAAGAAUCUAAAAUCCUGGAGGCAUUUGUGUACAUAUAUAGUUUUCAUUAACACUUCAUGAGUUCACUUUCCACCACAGACUUCAUUUGCAGGCGAAGAAACAACAAUAAAACAAAUCAUUACUUAGAUAUUCCUAGUGGGUUAAGAUGUUUUGGGAAUAGUCUUUUAGUCAAUAGUAUUUCACGUAUGCAUACUAUGAACAGUUACUCGCCACUCCAGGACGAAUCAAAUGUACAGUAUAGCAGUGUUAUCAUGUAAAUAGAUUAAACAGAUUAACUUUCAGAUGGAUGAUAUACUGUAGUUAUUGGAGAGUUAUAAGACAAAGUUAUAUUAUAGAGACAGACAGAGCUUGGGUAUUUCAUUUUGUAUAUUUGGCUAAGGACUUAGUAAAUGAGGUAUACUGUGAGCUUGUAGGUAUAGUUUGUACAAUUGUUUCUUGUGUUGAAAUGGCAUCGCAUAAUGAUAUAGUUGCAAAUAAUUGACCAUAAGCCAUAAGAAAAUUGCAGUUUAAUACAUUUACCCCCCCCACCCCACCCCCAUCGUUGCUUUUUCAGGCUUGAACUAUGUCAAUAGUGCAGGGGUCAACAAAACAGGGUAACGCCUUUACAAGAUAACUUUUACUUGCAUUGGAAAUACGUUUCGAUGUCAAGACCAUGACGACUCAUGUUUAGUUAAAGUUUGUAGAGUUUUGUGCCUUUUGAAGGGUUCUGCAGCAGAGAUGAAUUUCUACAUUUUCAACCUUUGGAAAUACCACCUGAAUGAACAUCGACAGAUUAUUUUGGAUAUCAAUGACUUUUAUGCCAACAGUGCCAGUUGCUGUACAUUGAAACUUACUUUUGUUUACUCUGUAUCUGGACUGCAUUUUAUCAGGGAAUAAUGUGAUGCAUGGGAUUUUCAGUUAAUGCUACACCCCCUAGUGGUAAUAUGGAAGCACAACAUUUCUCACAAAUAGUCAAAAAAACAUUUAAUUUUAUGUCCUCGCAUUUUGAGGCAGGCUCUGUUGAUUAGUUGGAUGGUGAAUCAGUUAAUUCCAUGUAGCAUGUUUGUAUGUAUUUGUUUAAUACAAUGUAUUUUUAUUUGACUGUUAAUCUUUUAGAAUAUUAAUAAUAGUAUGCGAGGUCUUAUUCAUCCACUAUAGGAGCUAUAAACAUUGGUGAUGUCAUUCAUUUUCUUUUUAUACUUGCCACAUGAUGCAUUAAACGUCCAAAUAGAGUAAGCUUGUAGAACACAAACUACAUAUAUUUAAAAAGUGAAAUGCUGUAUUUCUUCUCUGGCAGUAUGACAACUGUGAUUAGAUGUUGGUGCUUCUCAGGUUGAGCCCUCGUGAUGCUACUGCACUGUAAUCAGGAACUGUCAACGCAGACCCCACGCUAUUGCAAUAGACAUAGCUGUGUAAUGAUUACUGUUCAAACGAUUUAUCAUUAAAAUAGUUUUUCUUUCUAAACAUUUCCUCAUUAUUUCCGUCUCUCAUCCCACACUGUAUACUUCACACCGUUUGUUAAUAAAUAGGUGCUCUUCUUUAAUGCUGAUGAAAUACUGCAAAAAAGCUAUAUCAACCUGCUAAGUUAGAACCAGGAGUGCUCCAUUAGCUUCGUGUUUAUUUAUUGUUUUCAUA